GAACAUUUGGAUGCUUAUAUUUGAAACUUUCCACCCAAACUGACUGAGGGAAUACGUUACCAAAGGUUAUUUGAAGUGUCAGUUUACUGCUCUUGCUAAAUUUUGCUGAAAUCCAUUGUCAAAAGUUGUCUGGUGUUUGGAGCGUUUUUAAAUUCAACUCAUAGCUCAGUUUCAAGUCUGUUUUGGUCCACAAACAGAUGUUAUUUAGCAUAUAACUCAAACCCCAAUGUCCUCCAAUCACAAGAUACGGUAUGAUUAUGAUCAGGAUGGUAAUAGAAGGUCAAAAUACCUCCAGACUUUAGAGAAUCUGGACGUUCCAGCUUCAGGCCCAGCACCUCAGAAACAUAUACAUCUGAUUACUCUACGACAGUACUUGAAACAAAGAAUUAUUGAGAGCCUGUCCCCAAAGAAACAGCUUAAACAGGAACCUAAAGGUCCCUUUGGAACUCACAAAUCAAUGACUUCAAUCAAAAAACCAUCAUAUAAAGAUGUACCUAGUAAAAAACUGGAUUUUGGAACUGUGCCCAAGGAUCUCAAUUCGAAACAAGCAUCAAAUAACUUGGCUUCAGAAUUGCUGUCAGCUGAAGAUAAGAUUCAGCCUUUAUCUCAAUCUUCCAUAUCGGUACCUAAAAUUGACAAUUCUUUUUUGGUAAAACGAAAAGAGAAUGAAAACCAUCAACAACAACAUUCAACGUUAUCACCAACACCACAUCAACCAAUAAUGCCCAAGAAAUCAACUUUAUUUGUUGCUUCGGAUGAUUCAGAAACUGAAACUGAAAGUGAAAAUGCAAUUUCGCAAUUAACACUGAAGAGAAUAUUUGUGUCACUAGACUCAGAUGAUGAAGACGCCUUUGACGAGGAUGGUCAUCCUCAUUUUCUUCCUCUGGAUCAAGAAAAGUUCCAGCCAGUUGAUAUCACAUCACCAGUUAAGAUCAGCUCACAACGUCGUACGUCCCAAAUUGGUGCUGACAUUAAUGAACAAUUGAAUGAUGAACUUCAUUCUCCAGCUCAUAUUUCUGACCACGGUUCUCCAGAAUUUCAUGAGUCGACCACUGAUGUUUUUGCAAUACCUGAAGACACAGCUGUGAACUUAAGUCCCCCAUCAAGAAGAAAACUGACUAUAAGGAAGCCUAUCAUUGCUCAACCUGCAAAGCCUCAGAAACCAAAACUGGAACCUAUUUCAAAACCUAGCCAACCUAAGAAAGAACAACCAGAACCUGAAGAAGAAGAUGAUGAUGAAGAAGAUGAGAAGGAUGACGAAGUUGAAGAAGAUGAAGAAGUGGAAAAUUCAGAAGAUGAAAGUGAUGACACUUAUGAAAGUAAUAGUAUUGAAAGUGCAGAUGACGAACAGGAUGGGGAAGAAAAAGAUGAUGCUGAUGCUGACCCUUCCUUUGAUGAAGACUCGUAUUCCAAAAAAGGUCGUAAAAAGCUCGAGAUUUCUGAUAGUGAAUUAGAGGGUUUGUUCAGUUCUGAUGACGAGGAAGCUAAAAGACGUGCUAUUGAUAGAAACAAGAGAAAGGGGUUGGCAAGAAGAAAGACUGCUGCUGAAAUUAGAAGAAGGAAGCUAAAGGAGCAAGAAGAACUUUCAACAUCUAAUUCUAGUGAUGAUACGAGGUAUACUUCUGCUAGAGAAAUUUCAGGUUCAGAUAACGAUGAUGAUAGCGCCUCUGAAUCUGGGAGAAGACCUAGACUGCUGAGAGGAAAAGUUCAUGAUGAUGAGUACCAGGAAGAAGUUGGCGAGGAUGAAUUUGUGGUUGACAAUAGUGAUGAUAUUAUUUAUAGUUCGGAUGAUGAAUUUGAAAAACUCCUACGAACCAUUGAAAGUGAAGAGAAGAAAACUGAACUGCGUCACCGUCGCCGUCACCGUCGUCGUUAUUCUCAUAUCAGCAGUGAAAGUGAAAAUUCGUCUGAAGGUGAAGUUCCAGUUCGAUCAAGAAAGAAGCGAAAGAAAAGUGUUAUAUCAUCAUCCUCUGUUUCAGGGUCCUCACAAAAGAUUGAUCCACCUAGCUCUAAAGCAUCUCAAGAAACUAAGCUUACACAAAGUCAAUCACAAAACCCACCAGUACCUGUUGCAAAAUCACAGGGUGCUUCUUCAUCAACUGGGAGUCAGGAAAAAUCAGCACUCAAAGAUCACCAAGCAAAAAAGGUCAAAUCCACAACUUCAAACUCAAAAGCAACACUGAAUGGAAAACAGGGAUCAAAGAAGAAACAGUCUGAAACCUCAAAACCACAAUCCACAGGGUCCAAGAAUGAUGCAAAAUCCAACACUUUGAAAGACAUGCCGAUACUGGUUCCUAGAGGCCCAGAACCACAAAAAGCACAAAGAAACACCAAACAUAGAACAACCAUUGGUGGUAGAACAAAAACUAGCAAUUCUUCAAAUGUUGCUCGCUCAUCUGACCAAGGCCGUACUGGUAUCAGGAUCAUAAGAGAUGUUCCAAAGAAACGUAAAGUUGAAAGACCCAAAAAAUCUAAUAAAACUCAAACAACUCAAACAACUCAAACUCAAACCAGUCCAAAAGCUUCAAGAAAUUUGGUCUUCCCAAACAGACCUGAAGCUAAAGCUGCUGAACAUGUUGAUAUGUCUGAAGAAGAGGAACUCGAUGAAGAUGAUGAAGAAUUCAAAGCGCUAUACAGAAAAAAAGUUGAUGCUAUGAAAGCUAUUCCAUCUGCAUCAGAAUCCGAGAGUGAAGAGGCUGGGAAAAAUGAUUUGUCUGCUAGAGAUACUGACGGUGGUGAUUUAGAUUCUCUGUUCAACUCACCAACUGAAGAAAGUCCAUCAAUGAAUCUGAGUGAAGAUAAUGGAGAAGAGAAACAAAGAGAAGCAGAAAAAGAGAUAGAAGAAGAGAUAGAGAAAGAGCAAGAGAAAGAAACCGCACCAGAACCAACAUUACCACCUGCACCAAUUGAACCAAUAUCUGUUUCUGCUACCCCAACACCUGCACUUGCACCUGCUGAAACUACCACUGAACCAACAUAUACUGUUCUUAGUGAUAGUGAUGACUCAGAUAAUGAAUCGGAGGAUGAUGAUGAUCUGGUAUUGAUUGAUGAAGAUACAUUCAAAAAGAGUUUUACACCAGUUUCGUGA